AAAAAAAAUAAAAGUGUGAGAACGAGCUGUGAGUUAUGCGAGCAAAAGGUAUGACAAGUGAAUAAAGAGUUGUUUAUAUUUAGGCGCUGUUUCGGACAGAAGAGCGUUUAUUUAUAAAUGGUUACCAUUACUUCACCCUGCACCAGCUGAACGACUAAACCGCCUCAGGAAUGAGUAAUGGGUUGUCCAGUCUCGUAGUAGGCUAACAAUAAACACAAUCAGACAUUCUGCUUAUAGAGUAUGUUCGCUUUUAAUACUUGAAGUACAUUUUGAGGACAAAGUAUAGAUAAAGUCUUACGGGAAUCUCUGUGUCACCUAAAGAGAAAAACAACAUCAAAACAUCCAACUUGGUGUGGAGACAAGCUUGCAGACGGUGCUUCAGCCCACCAAAGGAAGUUAGAAAGUUUGACGUCAGAGAUGUCAGAGGAGAAAACGAAUAGCAAGUCACACCAUGUUUUGGAUAGCAGAAGGCAGAUCAGCAAACCAGAGAAGAUAGAACAUAACUGAGCCGACCUUCAUGGCGAUGGCAAAUAACAAAUUCCUCACCGUUGUCCUAUUUGGUCUUUUUUUCAGCCUUGCUCCAGCACUUGCUGACAGCACAGUGUCUUGCUACAGGAUUGAGCCAGGAACAAUAGCAGGCAUCAUCUGUGCAGAUGUGGUGCUGACCCUUAUUAUUGUCGUUGUAACAUACCGAUGUGCCAGUUUUCGGCGUCAAAAGAUAGAUAAUGCUCACAAAGUGUAUAUGAAUGUCCGGGCCAACUGCAAGAGCUAAAAGGAUGGUGCAGUGCAUGAAAACACUUUCAACUUUCUUGUAGAAAACUGUUUACCUUUUUUAAAGAAAUCUCCUCUGAAAAUUAAUUAUACAAAAAAAUCUUUAACUAUUACAUUUUAAGUUGAACACAUUGUUUUGCACAUUUUAUAUCUUACUUCUUAGACUUCAACCUGUUAAUUCAUACUACAAAAAAUAAAUAAAAGAGUCUCAUAAAUGGGAUUUCAUACUCA